GCCACAAGCCUUUACAUAUUUUUAGUUUUUCAUCAACUAGUAAAAAAAGUGCUAACUUAGUCAAUAAUUUAAUAAACCCAAGAUUUUUAAUUAUCAUUAUGUGAUGUUCAAAACAUGAAUCUUAAAGUUACAAUUAUUUGUCUCAUCAAAUUUUUAUUGAUUUGUGGUAAUUUAUUAUGAAUAAUGAGUUUUACAUAUAAAACAAAGUAUUAAUUUUUUUUUUCCUUCAAAACUACAAUGCAUAAGUUAUUUAUAAAGUUCAUUUAUAAAUUGUUAUAUAGUAAUUCAUUGGUGACAUACAAAACCAUAAACAUAAUAACAAAUACGAAUUAAGAUUGUAAUAAUACAAAUAAUAUAUAAUCGAAGAAAUGAAAAAUUGGCAUUAUAUGAAUUACCUAGAUUUUGCCAAAAAAACUAGAUUUCGUAAAAAAAAAAAACUAACAAAAAAGCUUGACGAAAUGGGAGAUGAUUUAAAUCUUAAUGAGAUAUUAAUAAAGCAAAAUAAAUCAAACACAUAAAAUAAUGAAGACUAGCAGGAACGUACGAUUUCUGGUAUCAAUUUUGAAACUUGCAUGGUGUACAUUACUUACUGAUAAUAAUACUUUAUUAUCAACUGCAACAUUGCUACAAAAAUUGGAUAUACCUGGACACUGUGUAGAGAACAGUGAUACUUCCCUUACAUGUGUUUAUCAUAAUCUGUAUAAUGAGAGUAUAUCAAAAUAUAAUUUUUCACAAAUUACUAAAGACAAUAUAAAAUCAUUAAAUAUAAUUUGUAAGAAUUCAGAUAAUCAAAUAAGAGUUGAUAAUUUCGAAUAUUUAUGGAAAUUACGUGAACUCAGUAUAAAUGGGUGUAAGUUGAUAUAUCGGCCUGAAAAAUUACUUAAUUGUUUUUAUAAUUUGAGAAAUUUAACAAUUAAAAAUUCAUACGAUAUUGAAUAUAAUAUUUUUUUUAAUCUUAUAACUGGUGUCUUUAAUAUGACACCUUUUAUAGAAAAAAUUGAUUUAUCAUUCAAUAAAUUAUGGCAAUUGCCUGAAAGUAUUUUUUGUAAUCUAAAAAACUUAAUUGAUCUUAAUAUUUCAUCGAAUAAUCUUAAGGAUAUCAAAGAAUUUGGUUUUUAUGAUAUAACUACAUUGGAAAGUCAAUCUAAUGAAACGUACAAAGAAUUAUUGAAAUUAAGCACUACUUCAAGAUGUUUAUUAGAUAUACAAAAUUUGGAUGCAUCAAACAACAAAAUAUCGGUUUUAUCAGCAUUUGGAUUUUCAAAAUUGAAACGAUUAAAUACACUCAAUGUUUCUAGCAAUAUUAUAAAUAUUGUUGAUGACAAUGCAUUGCAUGGCUUAAGAUAUCUUAAAAUAUUUGAUUUAUCAAGUAAUAAAAUUGUUGCACUACCAGCAUUAAUGUUUAAUGAUGCUAGAAAUACAAUUAAAGAAUUAUGGCUUCAAAAUAAUUCAAUAAAAGCACUAGCACCCGGUCUUUUUAUUGAAAUGAAUCAAUUAGUGUCUCUAGAUUUAUCAAUGAAUGAAUUGACCAGUUCUUGGUUAAAUUCUAAUACAUUUUAUGGUUUAAUACGUCUUGUUUUAUUGAAUUUAUCCUGGAAUAAACUAACAAAUAUUGAUUCAGAAUUAUUUAAAGAUCUUUAUACAUUACAAAUACUUGAUUUACAUCAUAAUCAUAUAAAAAUGAUACCAUCAAAUACAUUUUUAUCAAUGAAUAAUCUUCACACAUUAAAUCUUGCACAUAAUAAUUUAAAUUAUCUUGAUGCAUAUUCAUUGAAUGGUUUGUAUGCUGUAUCAUUGGUUUAUUUUGAUUCAAAUUCUUUAACGAGUAUUCAUAACGAUGCUUUUUCAAAUUGUUCAAGUAUGCAAGAUUUAAAUCUUGCAGGUAAUAAUUUAAAAAAUAUACCCAUUGCAUUAAAUAACAUGAGAAUGUUAAAAACACUUGACAUUGGAGAAAAUAAGAUCGAUAAAUUAACUGGUUUUCAUGGUAUGCCAAAUCUUUAUGGAUUACGUAUAAUUGGUAAUAAUAUUGUUCAUAUAAAAAAUAAUGAUUUAUCACAAUUAACGUCAUUACAAAUUCUUAAUUUAUCUAGAAAUAAAAUUACUAGUAUUCAAAGUUUAGCAUUUCAAAAUAAUAAAAUGCUUCAAGCAAUACGACUUGAUCGUAAUAAUCUUAAAAAUAUUUCUGAUAUUUUUACAAAUAUAUCCAGUAUUAUUUGGCUUAAUAUUUCUGACAAUAUGAUAACAGAAUUAGAAUAUACUAAUUUACCAAUAAAUAUUCAAUGGUUAGAUUUGCAUAAAAAUCAAAUAAAUCAUGUUAGCAUUGCUCCAAAAACAUUUCAUCUUCAAUCAUUAGAUUUAUCAUUUAAUAAAUUAACAAAAAUACAUCCAAAUUCAUUGCCAGAUUCAAUAGAAUUACUUCUUAUGAAUAAUAAUAAACUUCAUACAAUUGAACCACAAACAUUUCAUAAUAAAGUAAAUUUAACACGUGUUGAUUUAUAUGCAAAUCAAAUAAUGAAAAUGGAUUUUUCUGUAUUUCAUUUGAAUCAUAUUAAUGAUGGUCAUAAAUUACCAGAAUUUUAUAUCGGUGGUAAUCCAUUAGUAUGUGAUUGUACAAUGGAAUGGUUACAAAGAAUAAAUUCAUUACAAAUUGGAAAAUAUCCAAUAAUAAUGGAUCUUGAUUCUGUAUAUUGUCAACUUCCUUAUAAUAGAUAUUAUUCAUUUAUUCCAAUAUUAGAUGCAAAACCAUCACAAUUUCUUUGUACGUAUACAGUUCAUUGUUUUGCUCUAUGUCAUUGUUGUGAUUUUGAUGCUUGUGAUUGUGAAAUGACAUGUCCAACAAACUGCACAUGUUAUCAUGAUGAAUCAUGGGCAUCAAAUGUUGUUGAUUGUUCAAAUUCAGGCUAUAAUUAUUUGCCUGAUUGUUUACCAAUGGAUGCAACUGAAGUAUAUUUAGAUGGUAAUGAUUUUGGUGAAUUAAUAUCACACUCAUUUAUUGGUCGUAAAAAUUUACAAAUACUUUAUACAAAUAAUAGUAAUAUAAAAACUAUAUAUAAUCAUACAUUCAGUGGUUUAAAACGACUCAUAAUACUUCAUCUUGAAAAUAAUAAAAUAACACAACUAAGUGAUAUUGAAUUACAACCACUUGAAAAUCUUAAAGAAUUAUAUCUUCAAAAUAAUAAACUUUAUUACAUUGAUGACGACCUAUUUUUAGCUUUACAUCAUCUUGAAGUAUUAAAUUUAAGAGGUAAUUAUUUACGUACAUUCGGUAUUUGGCAACUUAAUUUUAAUCCUUAUCUUGUGGAAAUAAGCAUUUCAAAUAAUCCUUGGAUGUGUGAGUGUACAUACAUUAAAAAAAUGUAUGAAUGGAUAUCAAAUAACAAAAAUAAAAUUUUAGAUUUCAAUUUAAUAACAUGUGAAUUCAAUAUUUCAAUUAAUGAAUCUACAAUUGAUUGUACAAUGAUUACAGAAACAACAUCAAUUGAAAAAAUUCAAUUAAAAAUGUAUCUAUCAUUUGGUCUUAUAAUCUUUGUCAUGAUAAUUUUACUAUUCAAUUUAAUUAAGUAUCGCAUAUCUAUAAAAACAUGGAUUGCAAACAAGUGUGCUUUUCGAAUGUGCUACAAAACAGCUGCAUUUGAAGACAGUGAAAAACCAUUUGAUGCUUAUAUUUCAUAUUCAGCUGUUGACGAAAUUUUUGUUUCCCAAGUACUGGUACCAGGUUUAUCUUCAUACAGACUUUGUUUACAUUAUCGUAAUUUAAGCUCUGAUGCAAAUUUAACUGAUGCUGUAACAGAAGCAGCUGAUGCAUCUAGACGUACAAUUCUUAUUUUGUCAAGUAAUUUUCUUAAUGGUGAAUGGGCAAGAUUUGAGUUUAAAAUAGCAUUAAAAAAUGCAUUAACAAAAAAAGGACGUUCAGUUAUAUUACUUUGUAUUGGUGGAGUUUGUUUUGAUGAUUUAGAUGUUGAUUUUAAAAAAAAAAUAUCUCACCAUACUGUCAUUGACUGGGAUGAUAAACUUUUUUGGCAAAAAUUAAAAUUUGCUAUGCCAGAAAUUAUACCAACACCAGUAAUGGAAAGACCAUUGUCUUCAUCAACUUCACCGUCGUCUCCUAUGCAUCAUGCAUUGUGGACUUCUUAACAUAUCAGAAUUAACUACUGGUGAAUGUUAAGUCAGCAAUCGGUUUAUCAAUGAUAAAAAAUUACAAUUUUAUUCAACAAAUAACUAUGGAAUCUUUCAAAUUUCUUUUGCAACCAUUCUUCAACUAAUGCUACUAUGUAUUCACUUUCAUCGUAUAAACGUUGAUUAUUUAAAUUUAAAUCUAAUAUAAAUUUGAUAGAGCGAAUGCUUUUAAUAAAAGAUUACAUAUUUUUAAUACAUUAUUCCAGAUCAUGUAAAUGAAUGAUUAAGCCAAUUGAAUUCUUUGAAUCAAAAAGUUUUGUAAAUUAUUAUUAUUAUUAUUAUUAUUAUUAUUAUUAUCAGUAUUAAAUUAUAAAAAAUAAACAGUAUUAAUAAUUUAUUCAAAUAAAUAAAUAACGAUUUUCAAAUAUUUUUACCUCUUUUUGUAUUACUUUUUAACAAAGUCUUAAUCAUUUUAAAGACAAUUAUUUAUAAUAAUGAUAAUAAUAAUUAUUAUUAUGAUACAAUUUAAUAAUGAAAAAAAAUGUAAAAUAACAUAUUAUUAAUAUAAAAAUACUGUGAUUAUUUAAUAAAUAUGUAUGAACAGAUAGGAAAUAAAAUUAGUUAUUAGGCUAAA